UGUUCUGUUGCUGCUGCAUGUCUGUUGUAGAAAAGCUGCCACUAAACAGAGCACACCAAGUCACGUGUCUUCCGUGUACAUUAGUUAUUAUUGGAAUUCUAGUGCUAUAUAUAUAAUAUAUAUUAUAUAUAAGUAGGUGGGUCCGGGUCUGGGACGGACACGGGAACGCGCACCGGGAACCCACCGGCGGUCACGUGACCGCGCAGCGUGCACGUGAGUCUGGCACGAGCAGAUAUGUGUCUGUUGUGGGUGUAACUGCUCCGUCCGACUGGAGCCCCGGCCGUCGUGCAGAGUCACACCAGUGCACGUGUUCCUGCAGGCAGCUGCAAUGGAGGGGGAGCCGCUGUCGGCCCUGUGCACCCCUGCUCUGGUGGUGGACGUGGACAAAGUGAAGACCAACGCUCAGAGGAUGAUUGAGCGCUGCAGGAAACUGGGAGUCCAGCUUCGGCCACACAUGAAGACCCACAAGACCCUCGAGGGGGCCGACAUCAUGACGGCGGGGUCACGGCGCUGCAUCGUGGUCUCCACGCUGGCCGAGGCCUCCUUCUACGCCGACCACGGGUUCGAUGACAUCCUGUAUGCAUACUCUCUUCCCUUUGACAAGGUAGAGCGUUGUGCCGCCCUGUCAGAGAGGCUGGAUCUGUUCCAGGUCUUACUGGACCAUCCCGCUGCUCUGGAGCUGCUCAGGAAGAGGCCGCUGAGCGCCGGCCGGCACUGGCACGUCUGGCUUAAAGUGGACUGUGGCAAUGGGAGAGCCGGCGUCCUGCACUCGGAGCCGGCGGCGCUCAGCCUGGCCCAGGCCAUCGCCGGGGCGGAGGGCGUGGAGCUGACGGGCGUCUACGUGCACUGUGGAAACACCUACACCUGCAAAGGAGUGGAGCAAAUCCAAGCUGUUUCCCGAGAAGCCACCAGCUUCACCCUGCAGUUCAUGGACAAACUGAAGGCUGUUGGCAUUAGCUGCAAGUCCAGCAUCGGCUCCACGCCGUCCUGCAGUCAUCCCGUCCCAGAGAUGGCAGAGCUGGACGAGCUGCACCCUGGGAACUACAUCUUCUACGACGUGCAGCAGUCUCUGAUCGGCUCGUGCCGCCUGGACGACGUGGCGGUGAGGAUUCUGACCCGAGUCAUAGGACACUGUCCACACCGGGACCAGCUGCUGGUGGACUGUGGCUGGAGCGGGAUCAGUUUGGACGGAGCCGGGAAACUCCCCACUGGAUACGCUGUGAUUGAAGGACAUCCGGAGCUCAGGCUGGCGUCCAUGACCCAGGAGCACGGCAGGGUGGAGCCGCUCUCAGGCCCGCUGGACUACAGCCAGUUCCCCCUGGGCUGCCUGCUGGCGCUGAUCCCCCACCAUUCGUGCGCCACAGCCAUGAUGCACCCUGUGUACCACGUGCACUCUGAAGGCCGGCUCCUGGGGAAGUGGACCCCCACCCGCGGGUGGUGAACAUCUGCAUCACCAUGGCAACACGGCUGCACGUGUCACUGUUGGAAUAAAACCCCUGAAAGCUCA